CCACAAUUUUACCACGAUGCUGCUCCUCCGCGCUCUCCAUCCGGCCAAGACGCUCGCGCCGCGGGCGGUGGCGCGCUACACGGCGGUCGCGGGCCUUGGCAACCAGGACGCUACUGCCGGCGGAUCGCCCCAGGGCAAGGUCGUUGUCGUGACGUCCGGGAAGGGCGGCGUCGGCAAGACGACGUGUUCGGCCAGCAUCGGCUAUGGCCUGGCGCAGAAGGGCUACCGCACGUGCCUCAUCGACUUUGACAUUGGCUUGCGCAACCUGAUAUUCACUUGGGCUGCGAGCGCCGCCCAAGCGCUCAUCAAGGACAAGCGCCUCGAGAAGCUGUCGCUUUUGGCCGCGAGCCAGACGCGCGACAAGGACGCGCUCACGGAAGACGGUGUCGCCAAGGUGCUCGAAGAGCUCAAGCAGGAUUUCGACUACAUCAUCUGCGACUCGCCGGCGGGCAUCGAGUCGGGCGCACGCCACGCCAUGUUCUUCGCGGACGAAGCUAUCAUCGUGACCAACCCUGAGAUCUCGUCGUGCCGCGACUCGGACAAGAUGAUCGGCUUCAUUGCGAGCAAGUCGCUGCGCGCCCAGGAAGGCCGGGCCAAGGUCAACCAGUACCUCCUCAUCAACCGCUACGACGCCAAGCGCGUCUCGAACGAAGAGUGUCUCUCGGUCGAGGACAUCCAAGAGAUGCUGGCGCUGCCGGUCGUCGGCGUCAUUCCCGAGUCGGCGCAGGUCCUCAACUCGUCCAACAUGGGCCAGCCCGUGAUCGCGAGCAAGACGGACAAGGCCGCGGUCGCGUUUGAGGACACGGUCGCGCGCUUCCUCGGCGAAGAGCGCGACUUUAAGUUUUUGACGCCCGAAAAGUCCAUGGGGCUCUUCGGGCGCCUCUUCAACCAGCAGUAA